CAAGCCGCGGCCGCGAUCCCAGCGGAGGAAAACUUGGUGCCCCGGCUGCAGGCGGCAGGCCUGUGGAGCGAGUUGAUGCGACAUUUGAACGUGAUGGCUGACCAUGCUAACAGCCUCAUACAUAAUGUUAGCACAAAUAUUUGUGAGAUUGCUAACAGCCAGACAGCUAAAUUUAUAGCGGGAAAGAGAAUCUUCUACUCAGCUCGAGCCUCUUUCACGAGGAGGGUUGGAGCUUCCACCCUCGCCAUGAACACUUCUGGGAAUUUCCGAAAAGUGGUGCACAAAAAACUUCAAAACGGUACCAGCCCUGGUCAUUUCACCACCAAGCAGUCUGAGAGGAAAGCCAAGCGCCUUGUCAACCAGCGGAAGCGCCGCGCCCUGUUCAAGGACCGCCCUCGCCCCGCAGCCCCUGCAGGCCGCAACAAGCAUUACGGCCUUGCGGCGAGAGCACCCGGUGAGAAUGAGGACGACCCUGCCCCGCUGCUUGACGAAGACCCGAAGCUCCAGGAAAACAUGGACAAAGUCCUGGAGACUCUGCAGCAGGGCUUGAACCGCCGCUCCGAGCUCUCUGCUCUGGUCCAGGGCAGCUACGAGUGGAAGGCCGAGCGGAAAAUCCGAUUGACAGCCGCAAAUUUCGGGAAAGUAUGCAGGCGGACGUCCACCACGUCAUGCAAGAAGCUCGUGCACAGCCUAGUCUACCCAAAGUCCUGCGGUGUACCGUCCAUAAGGCACGGCAACAACACGGAAGAAAUCGCUCGGUCUCACUUUGAGAGGAAAUACGGCGUCCAGGUGAAAACAUGUGGACUUGUUGUGGACCAGUAUCUGCCAUACUUAGCGGCCAGCCCAGAUGGGUUGAUUGGCAACGACAAGCUCUUAGAGAUCAAGUGUCCAACCAGUGGCGUUGAUUUCACAUCCGCAGAGGACGCGGUUAGGGCUAAAAAGCUCGAAUAUCUGAAAUUCGGAGAUGAUGGAGAGCUCUUUUUGGACGAAAAUAGUGAGUACCACUAUCAGCUUCAAGGACAACUGCACGUGACCGAGCGCGAAGAGUGCCACUUCUACAUCUACCAAAGCACGAUGGCAAAAAAGAAGGUUCCGGCGCAGUUCUUGUGGGACAAAACAUUUGUUAUAAAGAAAUGCGAUACAUUCUGGAACACCAAGAUGCAGCAAAAACUCUCUGAGUUUUACCUUGAAUGUCUCCUUCCUGAAAUUGCGUCCCCUAGGUACGUCCUAAGAGAAAGAGUAGACGACAUUCGGGAGCCUCAAAGCAUUUUAGAUGCUAUAAGAGAGAAUGAACUAGCGAAGGAGCAAAAGGCCCAGGAGUUGGAGAGGAGGAAGAGAGAAAGAGAAGAGAAACGGAGACAGAGAGAGGAGCUAAACAGAGACAGGCAGGCGCGAGAGGCAAGAAGGAGAAAAACACACGUGUAAGGAUUACUUGCACAUAGCCCUUGUUUCUCAUAUCUUGUUGCAUUUUUUUUAAAAUGAUUUCUACGUGUGUGCUUUUUAAAUCUAAUGUUACU